AUGGACGACGUCGGUCUCGGAACCUCGCCGCUGAACACUGCGUGUUUUCCUGGCGUGGGUGGAGUGAGCCUCCUCGAGCUUGUGGUCCUCGUGCUUGUGAUCCUCGAGCUUGUGGCGUUUAUGGCCGAAUCGGGAGUGGUCCUGUUGUCAAAGGUGCGGACCGAGCGCAAGAGGGAGUUCCAAGCUCAAAGGCCCUGGCCAGAGCUGGUCCAGGUGCAGCCCUUUUCUUGGAAACUCAAGCCUCGCUGGGUUCGCGCUGCGUACGCAAAGGCUGACGGAUGGGAUCUGGGACAGCUGGGUGCGCUGUGCUCUGUGCUGCUCUGUGCUCUCAACGGCGCGCGCUGGUCGGAUCUGUUCGGCUGGUGA